CCGACGCCGCGACAACAACCGUAUGAAAACAGCGCCAGCCCCAUCGUUACUUUUUUUUUCAUUUUUUCCACACGGUUAUCGCCGCCGCGCGCUGUCCCGUAGAGCACGCCAAAUAAGUGGGUAUCGCCGCGCGAAACAAACGCCACGCCGCCGCGCUGCCGACUGCACUGUCCGAAUCGCCCGUAACGACACGUCGCCGAAUGAUAUGGACCGGAAACUGCAGUUGUUGGCCGUUUUCAAUUUUGUCGUGUUCGCACACUGCGGUAAGUACAACCGUAUCAAUAAUAAUGUUAACAGCGUACAAUUAUCAAGCGACGCGCCAGGCGAAAGCGUCGUCCGACUUCACGUUGUAUCACGACCGCGGCCCGACAGCAACGACAGACGUCACGCACUUGUGGGCUGCAUUGCUUUAAACCGAUAUUCAUUUUUUAACCGGUAUUAAUUCAAUUGAAAAACUCUUGUUUCGGACAGUAUUACACGCAGUGGCGUGGCGAAUGGGAUAAUCGAAAGGCUGCCGCCUCUAAUUUUUUUUUUUUUUUUUAAGGGGUCUACAUAUAUGCCUAUACUGAUAUGACAAUUAUUAAGAAAGUGAUAAAAACUGUUAAAUCUGCGUGUAGUUAAUGCAAUGAAUGUAUUGAGAUAUGUUCUACUAUCCAAUAUUAACGGAACACUAAUGAUUGGGCCCAGAAAUACAAAGAAAUUAUUAAAAUUGAUGAUUUUGACAAUUUCUCCCCACUAAAUUUUCCAAUUAAAAAAAAAAAAACAAAUAUCUACUAACAAUGAUAUUUGUUCUCUGCUCUCAGAACCGUUAGCAACGAUUAAUCGUUGCAUACAAAAAUACAUUAAAACCCCUUCUAUAUCCUACCAAACCAACUUUUUUGUUUGAAAUUUGUGAAACUUCAAAUCUGGAUAACUACGGGAAGAUUUACCGCAAUCCUUAAAAACAUAAUACUUACCACCGCAAUCACAAGACAUAAUAUAAAUUUUUUUCGAAUAGUAAAAGUAUAAAACCAAAAUGCUAAAUGAAAAUGUUAAUUAUAAAGUAAUAUAUAAUGAUCGUCAGAUCCGUUAAAUUGAAUAUUAUCGUCCAUUGCUUUUCAAAAUUGUAAACACCAAAACAAACCAGCACCACAAUCAUGCUUACAAUCAGAAAUAUAAUAGUGUCCAAAACUACACUGGCGCUUUCUGAUUUUGGCCUCCCAAACUAUUAUUUUUGAGCCCAGACUAUCGCGAUUUCUUAUUAACAGUCGUUAACGUUACGUGAGCUAUCUAUGUAUAUUUUAAUCAAUGUUAGCGUUUAUGAGAUACAUACAGAGUGAUUAAUUUAGUGCGAAAGACACGAAAGACAUUCCGUCUAUUGCGUCUAUCGAAAUCUUUUUCACGUUUCCCAUAUUCGAUUUCCACAUUUUAAGGUAAUAGCUGUUUACCGAACGCAUUACAUUGGUUAUAAAUUCAAAUAUCACAUUACACAUUUUCUCUAUCACAAAGUAAAGAGAUAUUUUGUUUGCGCUUAAAAAUCGAAAUAUCGAGUUUUCUGUGGAAAUACACAUUUUGAGGUCGCCGAGUUCAAAAAAUCGGUUUGGGAUAUGACUAUGGUCUUUAUAAACUCUUUAUAAGCUAAACGACUAAUGAAAAACAAAUAUCAUUUUUAAAUUAGACAUCGUACACAUUAUUAACAUUUAAAUUCUGUACCCAGGUACAGACUGAAUCGUUUGUAAUACUUACCAGUUUUAUUUUUAUUACAGUGGACCUGACGGGAAAAAUUUACCAAACAAACGCGGCUUUAAAAGAGGAAAAUCUCAUGUUCUGUUAUGAAUGCAAUACAAUGGUAAAUGGAAAAAGUUGCAGCAAUUUCACAGACAAAGAAGAUUUGACGAAAUUUUCGACGAAAUGUACAGGGGAUAAUAAAACAUGCAUGGUAAAUUACAUAACGAUUAACAAUUAUAUUAUUAAUGAAUUAUGAGGAUGUAUACUAAGUACCGACUUAUACUGAGUUAUACAGGUUUAUUGUAAUAUUUGUUUUACGAGCAACAUGUUGAGAAAAUGAGAAAUUAAAUACAUAGAUUACAUAGAAGGAAGUCAGGGAGAGAUAUAAGUAAGUCAAAAAACAAGUGGCAGCCUAUAUAAAUAUAGAGAUUAUUAUAAGGGGUACGAGAGCGCACGUGCAGUAAACGAAAAAAUAAUGAUAAGCAGAGAUGUGAAGAGCUAAAACAAAAACACUAAAAUAUUAAAAUCAUAUUUUUUUCCCUAUAACACUUACUUAUAUAAUAAUAUUAAUUAUACUUACCUAUAAACGGUUUUUCAUCAUAUAAACAAAAAUAUUUUUGUUCGAAAUUUCAAUUUCAAUCUACUUUAUCAAUUAAGAAAUUGUUAAUGCCAUACAUUUGUUCAUUUUACUUUUACGUUUUUCCCAAUUAUUACAAAAAACUGCAUGGAAAAUCAAAAAAUGACCUCCCCGAUGCUUUAACUAGAUGUAAAAUGCAACUAAAAAGGUCUCGUGUCAUUUUUUUUAAUUGCAGUAAGAUUUCUAGUAGUAAAGUUGUUUACAGACAAAAAGAAAACUCACAUCAUAAUAAAAUCAAUAUAUCUUUGCUGUACUCAGAAUCUAAAAGUAGUUUCCUAUGCAUCGUGUAAGUAUAAUAUAAUACGAGUAUACUACAAUUAAUUACUUACAUAUUGAUCAAUAUACAUUAAUUAUCAAAACAUUAAUCAGCAACAAUCAUCAUACGAAUAUAUUAUUUUCUGUGUCGUGAUUAUUAAAAUCGUAAAAAUAUCGGACAUUCGAUAAUUGACUUGUAAUAAUCUUGUAACCUGGUUACUGUAUUUUAUAAAUAAGUCGUAGUGUCGAUAUUAGUUAUUGCAUUGGUUAUAGGUUAAUGAAAUAUUAUAACCGAGCAAAAUUAAUGAUUGUGAAUUAUGAUGUUUGGUUAUUGAUAAAAUAAUGAUUACAGCUGCUUCAUUUUUUCUUAAUUUGUUUUUAUGAUUAAAAGUACCUUUUAUGGGUAAGGAAAAGGUAUUGUGGGUAAAGUCAAGUAGAAAUUAAACAACACAAUUUAUUAUAAUAUAGUAGUGUCGAAUGGUCAAAUGUAUAGAAAUCCUGUAAGUACUCAUUUUUUAUGGCAGAUGAAACGGAAACUUUUCUAAAUUUCGUUUUCACGUUGAAGAGAGCUUUUUCCAUAGUUAUUAGUUUUGACUGGCGUAUAAUAAUAAUAAUUGUUCUCAUACCUACUCGAUAGACUUUAAUAAUAAAAAGUAAUAUAGGUACUAUGUAGGCACUUUAAAGGUCUGUUAUGAAGGUCAGUUUAAAGGUCAGUUUUAAUAACCAUAAACACGUUAUUCUUGCGAAUUUAUAACCAUCGAGAUAUAUAAUCUAGAAUCUAGAUCAUAUGCCUCGAUAUCAUUAACGAAAAUCGUAUAAACAUGUCUGAUAACGAAUAUAACCAGGUUAAUUACCAAAACACGCUUAUAGUAAAUGACUGACUGUCCUACCCGCGCCUUCAAAUAAGGGACAGUAGAAGAACUCGGCCGUGAAGUUUCGACAACGCUUUCAAAUGGAUAAGGGCAAUCGACGUCCAACUGUAGAAGAAUCCCUCUAUCGUUGUAACUACGAAUAAGUUACCUACCCUUAUAUUUAACCUAAUUUAAUCUGUUUGUACCUAGUUUGUUAUGCUUGCAUAGUUGCAUGCAUGGACGUAAAUAGGGUCCUCAAAUGAAUAGGAUCUAAGCCCAAAAGGACCGCUGGUCUGAAUAAUAAUAAAGGAAAAUCUAUGUAUAGGUCGAAAAAUACAAAUGUCAAAACAUUGGUUUAUUAUAUACAUAUAUUUUAUACGCGGCACCCGCGUGGCUGCACGGCGAUGAGUUCGGGUGGCAGACCGUUAUAAUCGGCCACCAACUAAUCAUGAUUUAUGAAACAUUGGAACUAGUAAUGGGCACUACCAAGUGAAAACUUUCCAACUAUUUGAUAGUUUCAAACUAUCAAUUCACUCGGUUGUUUCUAAAAAUUAUCGACUAUCGAAACUAUCACGUAUAAAUAUAUUCUAUCGAAACAAUCGGACUAUCAAGCAGUUCACUCUAUUGAUAGUAUCUACUCUAUAUAUAAAUCACUCAGUUUUUUUUUUUUUUUUUAAAACUAUCGAUUGACAAUCAUUAGUCAAAAUUAGUCGGUUCCGCGCAUCACUAAUAUUUAUAGCCAUUACCGUUGAUUAUAAGAACUAUACGUACAUACAUAUAUGUAUAUUACCAUGGGUUAUAAAUAUUAUAAAAAUGUAUUAUAAUAAAGAUUACCUGUGCAAUAAAAUAUCUAAGGGAGGGCUUAAGAUUAUUCGGGAAGGCCCUUCUACCCCUCCGCCCUUCCUAUUUACGUUCAUGGUUGCAUGUCAUACCAUAUACCAAUAAUAUAUAAUACCGUACGAUAAUAAAAUAAUGGUUUGCCGGUAACAUACUUACCGUAACCGUCCCUAUACCGACUUACCGGCAUAUACUUACCGGUUUUCAUUAUGACGCACACGUAUCUAUGUAACGAUUAGCGGCGGCAUGUCUACAGGUGAAGCGGUAUUCGUACACGACGAGCAACGAGAGCGCCACUUCUGCACAACAGCUGUGGUCUCUGGAACGGAACUGUUCGCGCAAAUGCGAGGACGGAUGCAUCGUGAUCGGUGAGCGGAUCAAGAUAUACGCGUGUCAGGCGUGCUGCGAAACGCCGCUGUGCAACGUGUCCAACGCAUCCGGGACGCUCUCGUCGGCGGCGGCGGCCGUGUGUGUGGCGGUAUUGUUUUUGCUCCUCAGGAGCACGGCCGUCGCCGGUCCACCGCAGCCCGCCGUCAUUCCUUCUUCUUCUUCUUCUUCUUUUUCUUCCUCAUCCCCCUCCCCCAACUGGACAGACGAUCGUUCCGCAACGACGUUUACCGCGACACACACGUCGCGUUACGAUAUUUAUUACGGCCGACACGAUCGAUUACGAACGUAAGACGCGUUUUCUAUAAUUUAUACCUAACCGAAAUUUACUGGAAUGAAUGCGCGUGAUCAAUGACAUACAGGAUUGGGCAGUAUCUCCGACACAAUAUUAUCUAAUACACGUACGUAUAACUCGGAUUCGAUGCAAUAGUAUUAGUACCUAUUGUGUCUGGUAUUGCGUUUGUUUGUGUCAUUUAUCACUGUUAUUUAUUAUUAUUAUUAUUAUUAUUAUUAUUAUUAUUAUUAUUAAUCCGCUUAUUACGACGUCGCGUGCACAACAAUAUUCCGGGUAAACAUUUUCCCAACAAUGUAUUCGAUUGGUUUUAUAUCUCGCAAUGUCGGUCAUAUAAUAUAACGAUACGGGUUACAGCCAUAAAUUCGAUAAAACGAUACUAUUUUGAAAAUACGCGCGAUUAGUGUGACGUUUUAUUAUGUGUUCGAAAUCCUUAUCAAGUACGAUUGGAUCCAAACAAAUAAGUACACACAAAUUGCCAUAUUCUACGUUUCAAGUGCCCCUACUUACAUACUUAUUUUAUUACAAAAAAUCUAAUUCGAGUAUAUAUUAUUUAAUAGUAGUAAAAUCUUAGUAUUUAUGUAAAUACUCAUAUAUUCAUAUAAUAUGAGUAUUCAAAAAUAUAUCAUCUGUGUUUUUAAUUGUAAAUACCUACAAUGAAUUGUUUGGAUCCAAACAAUUAAAUUAUAUCUGAUAACAGUCUGAUAAGAAGUACAUGACGGAAGUAUAAUCAAGCUUAUUGGUUUUCACUAUUCGUAAUAAUAAUUGGGAACAGUUGUCGUCUACUGCAGUGAGAUGUGUUCUACAGCGUCUAGAAUAAUCUGCGAUCUGUGUUCUUGUGAUCUACGGCGGCCGUGAAUCCACCGAAUGAUUAUCGUUCAUCAUUUUGUAUUUUCGAUAAGCGUUUACUCUGAACAAAUAAUGACAAGCGUUUGAUUUUCUUUAAAAUUUAAGUCUCAAUUUUUUUAGUUCUGAAUACUAUCUGUUCUACAUACGAUUACGUUCCUUUGAUAACUAGUCCUGAAGUAUAUAUUAAACUAUAUUUAAAGAUAUUCAAAUGUCGUAUUAUUCUAUUUUAUGUAAAUUUUUUCGUUUGAUUACGUAUAGUUUUAAAUGUGCAUCGUAAUGACUAUUCCGUUAAACGAUUUUAAUUGUACAUGCAUAAUGAUGUUCGGCUUCUUGACUUUUCAACAUAUAGCCCUCCGCCUUAAACAAUAUUGUAUAUAUUUAUAUAUGUAUCGGCCAUCAGAGUUCCGGCAUUUUCAUUGGCCCGAAAUUUGUAAAAAUUGAUAUAAAUUCAAUUAAAAAAAAGUAAAACAUUUUGUGCGGCCCACUGAGAUUUUCGAUAACUCGCCGGGCCCGUACUACAUACAUGACGUGUAUAUGUACGAAUAUGACGUCAUAAAUUUAAUUUCAUCAGAAUGCGAUGCAAUUGUUCGUAAUCUACUUUUAUCUGUAACAGAUAAAUGUGUCGUACACAUAUUUGGAUACGUCGUACUGAUCGACACGUUCCGUUAUUACAUUUCCGUUGAAAUUCUCUGUUUCUAUUGAUCAGGCGCGUUUUUUUUUUCUGAUCAACAGCAAUAUCAUUAGGUACCUACACUAGAAAUGGCAUUCAAAAAUAUUGGCCAAUUUAGAUAUUUUGAGUGUCAUUAGUGGAUGGCUGCUCAUAUCAAAGUUUCCGUGUUUUUUUAAAUAGGAUAAUCUGUAUUUGUAUAUUGUAUGCUAUGUCUAACCUGUAUCAUAUAUACUUUUUGUGCCUUUUUAGGUGUAGAUUGUAUACUUCUAAUAUUAUUAAAUUUUAAUGCAACAAAGUUCGAAUAUAAUCAAUCUGAAUCUCUAGGCCUCUUUAAGAUAGUUAUAAGCGAAUUCGACUACUGUAUAUUAAUCAUAGGUUUUUACGAUUUUGAUGAAAAAUUUUUUAAUUCGCUUCUUUUUUAUAAAUAUUAUUAGAUAUAUUGUUAUCAGAAGUGUUGUAACUACUUUCUUAUUUUGGAAAUCAACAUUUAUUUUGUCAUUAAUAGGUAGUAAUUUUCUAGAAAAUAAGUGUAUAUCAAUAUGAUCCAUAGAUUAUUGUAAAAUAUACUACACAUCCACGGAGUACAAUAAAACGUUUCAUACACUAUCACCACAAUAUCAAAAAAAUUUAAUUAUACGUAAAAUAUAUUAUAUUUCUAUAGUAAAUAUUUGACUAGAUAUGUGCCGAGUAAAGAUUAUUAUAUUUUAAUAUUUUAAUACUGUUAAAAAAAAAAUAAUAAUAAUAAUAAUAAUGACAGGAUGUUUUAAUUGUAUAAUAAAACUUUGUAAAAAACGUUAUGAAAUAUGAAUUUAAGACAUUAUGAACAAUCUGUAUAUUGUUUACUCACAUUAAGUAUAUAUUUGUUUUCAACGAUUUCUACAAUAAAAAAUUUUAAAAACAUAAUUUACAAUGUUUACCAAUACCUAUAACUAUAAAAUAUAAGAUGGUUAAGUGCAAAUACGAAAUUUCAGAAUAUUCAAUAUGAAAAUAAAAAAAAAAUCUGACAUUACUGAUAGGUGUGCCACUGUAUAAGGUGGAAAGUUGAGAAGGUAAGAUAAAUAGUGUUAUUUAAUUUAUAUCUGUGUAGUAGUUAUAACGUACCUACUAUUGUUAAAAUGUACAAAAUCUCCAAUGUAAGUUUGUAUAUAGCAUUUUAAAGUAUAUACCUGAGUAUGCGAUUUAUAUAAACGUGUAUUAUAUAUAGGUACACACUACGUGCAUUUAAGAAAACUAUUCUCUAAAUGUUUGAUUUUAUAUUAUUUCAAAUUUGAUUUUAAAAUAAACAAAUUGUCA